AUGACCGGUCGCAUAGAGUUUAAUGAGGCCUUUGAAAAGCUGAAUGCCACCGCUGAUCCAGCCUUAGUUUUGCAAUGGGCAGAGCAGGAGGCUCAUGCACAAGCGAGCCGCCUGCAUGAUCCAAAAUCCAUGGAUAUAUAUGAGGUACAAUUAGAUAAAGGCAAGUCAUCAUUAUCUUCUAAAAGUUUGUCUAAUGAGAAUCGGCAACAAGUGCCUACAUCUCGUAGAGGAGUUGCCACAUGGCUUGCAAAUGGAAUGACCCUCGAGGAGAUUCAGAUCGGAUUGGACAAAUUGCAGGGCGAUAUCGAGAGAUGGGUGGAGGCUGGUGCAGCAUUCAUUGGCCGAGGAUAUGAUGAUGGGGACAUGGUCUCCAUGGACAUUGGAUUUAUCGUUGACCAUGCACCCUCUGAUGAUUCUGAUAGUGAACUGAAUGAUGGUCCAAUCGGCCAGGCUGUGUCUAUUGGGUAUCACCCAGAGACUACUGUUAUUCCAUUGCCGUCUAAUAUUGGGAUUCAAUGA